AUGUAUUUUUUGACCUGGCAUGUGCAUUUUCCUUAUCAGGUUCCUGCCUACUUUGCUGGUGACGAAGGUACCGAUGAGAGCUCAACUGAGGAUCCAUCCCAUCGGCAAGUUCUAUUCAAGUCUCCCUCCAAUCCCACUGCAUCUGUUGUUGAUCGUGCUCCUCGUUUGGCAACACCAUCUCGGCUUCUUAGUGAUUUGGAUGCCGGUUACGCGGACGACAUUGAUGAGGCAGAAGAUGACGAAACUCUACUGUCUUGCUCGGACAAAGGGCAUCGAAAGUCCCGGCGACAUUCGCGCCAUCAUGAUUCCGUAGAUCAGUCUUCCAAUCAAGUCAAUCGAUCACCCUGGUCGGGAUGUGAAACGGCACUGUGUGAUGACGAUCAGGACGAGCCGUUAGUUACACCAGCCAUGCUGAUCAGCCCACCAAUGUCCACAUUUGGUCCCACUGGCGUGGACGAGACAACUGUACCAAUCACAACAGGACGUCAGUCAAAUAAGAACACUCCUCCCAAACAGACUUCCCACAGGACAUCUGAAAUUUCUGCAGAAGGAUCUUCCUUAUCCACAAGAGUAUGUAAUACUUCUAGAGACGGUCUCACGAAAGAACAGUUACGUGAAGCGUUGAUUCAUAUUAUUCAGAACGAUGAUGACUUCUUGCACCGGAUUCAUUCUGCCUACAUUGCGUCGUUACAGCGCCGUAUACUCAAAUAA